GGUCAAUCCGAACUCUGCUACUAUGCUAAUGCUAGGCUAGCACGUAGGUCCUGGCUGCCUUGGAGGCUCUUUGAAGCGGCUGUCAGUCACAUAAAUGUUUGUUCUUCUUGAGAGAAAGAUUAAACGUCUAACAGCAGAUCCUGCUGCUGAAGUGAGCGAUGAAGAAGAAGUCAAGGAACAGCACUCAAGUUACCUGUUGAGUCCUGCUCUUCACCUCAGACAACCAGAAAUCCCAGCCUUGUAGGCGCGAUGGCGUCCCCCUUUUUCCUCGGCCUAACGGGAUUAGUCGUGCCAGUGCUACCCCGGCUGUCACGGGAGGCCAACGACAAGGGGAACGAGAACAACCCACCUUUAUUCCCGUAUGCCGUGCACUCGCCUCACCACCCGCACGGGCUGCCGGGCUCCUGCCAUUCCAGGAAAGCCGGGCUGCUGUGCUUCUGUCCGCUGUGCAUGACCGCGUCCCAGCUCCACCCGUCACCACCGAGCCUGCCGCUCCUCAAGGCGUCUUUUUCUCCCUUCAGCUCACAGUACUGUCACUCAGCACUGUCGCGGCACCACUCUUCAUCCAACAGCAUCAACCUCAGCCACGGACCGGGGAUAUACCAAGCUGCGUACUCGGUCCCAGACCCGCGACAGUUCCACUGCAUCUCUAUCGAAAACAGCAACAGCAAACUUCAGAGCAGCAAGCGCAUGCGCACGGCCUUCACCAGCACACAACUUUUGGAGCUGGAGCGAGAGUUCACCUCCAACAUGUACCUCUCCAGACUGAGGCGCAUCGAGAUCGCCACAUACCUGAACUUGUCCGAGAAACAAGUGAAAAUCUGGUUCCAGAACCGCAGAGUGAAGCACAAAAAGGAGGGCAAGAGCAGCGGCCAAAGGACUGGAUCACAUAACUGCAAAUGCUCGUCCCUGUCAACCGCGAGAUGCUCGGAGGAAGAGGACGAUGACAUUCCCAUAUCUCCCUCCUCAUCCGAAAAGGAGGACGUGGACCUGUCCGUCUCCCCCUGAACUUUCCCACUGCCUCCCCUCUGAAAGAUUUUGGUCCUCAUGAUUUUGAAUACAGCCAAAAAAAGACUGUUCCACUUGUGUUCAGUCGUCUGUACAUAGAAAGAGAAUAUUUAAUUAGGGAAUUGCCCUGAAUUAUUGUAUAGCUGUAACAUGUUGUACGUUUGUAUGUAGUUUUUUUCUGAAAACGGUCCAUUUGUUGUUGCCAAUCCUAUGAGUAUGGUAGGCAUAUUUGUAAAGAUAAACCCAAAAAACAAUAGCAACGUUGUUUAUUAGUAUUUUGGGGGAGACAGUAUUUUGUAUACAUGAUGACGACUGGUUAGAUUCAUUCUGUGUGGAUGGAACUGUGACUUCAAAGCUGGAGAGAAAUUCCCUCAAUGUCACAUCGAUGAGAUCACUCUGAAAUUAUAUCUUCAGUGUAAUUGAAAAAUAUUUAUUUAUUUAAAAAUGUUGAUACUUAAAUAAAAAUAUUUCUGA